AUGACGCGUACCCUUGAAACUCAAGCCUUGAUCCCCCCAAAAUACACCCUUGGAUUUGUCAAAUGUGGAGAGUCGGUGCUUUUCCUCAAUAGAGAAAAAGCCCCAUGGAUGGGCCGCUGGAACGGUGUUGGCGGCAAAUUAGACCAAGGUGAAUCUGCUCAUGAUUGUAUCGUACGAGAGACAAAAGAAGAAACUGGCUUGGAAUUGCCCCAAUACAAACCUCAUGGUGUAUUGCGUUGGGUCCGUGAUGGCCAGGAUUUAGGUGGCGUUUAUUUGUUUACUGCUGAAGUCAGUGAGGAAGUCAUGGCUAGCUAUAAGACGCCAAUAUCCUAUUGCCACGAGGGAAUCCUCGACUGGAAAACACUCGAAUGGCUCUUGCAUCCUGAAAACACGGGAGUCGUAGAUAAUGUCAAGAUUAUUCUUAAGAGCUUAUUCUCCGCUCCUCCAUCCUCAACAUGGAUAGCGACAUAUGAGGGCCAUAAAUUGACAAGCUGCGAGUACGUUGAUACAGCUUCAAGUACAACCAAGUGA